GCAGGCGGUCUGGUCCCUGGUGGAGGCGAAGGCUGACGUCAACAUGGAGGCGGCCGAGGAGUCCCCGCUGCUGAUGGCCGUGCAGCACCGGUGCGCGAGCGGCAUCGAGGCCCUCAGCCGGAACGGCGCGAAGGUCACGCCCGAGGUCCUCGAGGAGCUCAAGAACGUCUCCAGCAAGAAGGCGCGCGAGCACAUGGAGGGCUGCCUCCGACCGCUCGUGGAGAGCGACAAGAGCUUGCGCUGCCCCCUGUGGAUGUGGGUGCAGUUCGGCUGCGCCCCCGCCGCCGAGGCCCUGCUGCGCAACGCCGCCCACGAGGAGGAGGUCGACACGGACGUGGUGGUCUCGCUCCAGCGGUGCAGCGGCGACUCCAACGCCAGGCGCCGGAUAGCCGACCAGCUACGCGAGCACGUAGGCGAGGAGGAGUUCAGUCGCUUGGAGGCCGCGGCGGCCACGCGGCGGCUUCUCCAGGAGCUGCGCGAGGCGCACAGCGAGGAGCGGGAUCCCGACCUCGAGGUCGUCUGCGACUGCCUCUCGCUGGGGGCGAACCCGAACGCCAGAGAGGAAGAGCCGCUGGACGAGGAGGAGGAGGACGAGGAAGAGCUGGAAGAGGAAGAAGACGAAGAGGAGGAAGAGGACGAAGAAGAGGAGGACGACGAAGACGGCGAAGCCGAGGAGGACGGCGCCCCGCGGCUCCGCGCGGGCACCGACUCGGACUGGGAGGAGGAUCAGGGCGAGCCCGAGGAGGAGCUCGACGAGGACG